AUGCUGGUCUUCGCAGGCGAACGUGGCCACUUGCUGAACGACCUUUGGGUUUACCAGGCAGAGGCCAGGACUUGGAAGCAGCUGCAAAGCCUGCAAAGCGCUUCGGAUAGCCCAGCACCGCGCAGUCGACAUGCAGCCGUCUGGGAUGAGACCACAGAGGCCAUGCUGGUCUUCGCAGGCUGGGCAGGUGUGGCUCCCUUGGCAGACCUCUGGCACUUCGACAGCUGGCGCAAGCGCUGGAGCCUGCUCAUGGCACACGGCUCACAGCCGUCGAGCCGGGCAGGGCAUGUAGCUGCCUGGGACCCCGUGACUAUGUCCAUGCUAGUUCAUGGCGGCACGCAGCAUGAGCACGGAGAGCCAAGCUACACUGACGACUUGUGGAACUUCAGCUUGCUGCUGAACUUGUGGACCCCUCUCGCCCUGAAUGCAACUGGCUACAAGCCUGCUGCUCAAACGGACCACGUCAGCGCCUGGGACCCCGACUCAAGAAGUUUGCUCGUCCACGGUGGCUUCGAUGCAUCCUACAGGAGUGAUCUCUGGCGUUAUCUGGGCCCGCAGGUGCCGGAGAUGCUUGUCGUCGAGUGCAUGCUGGGACAAAAGUGCUCAGUUGAUUACCGCGGAGAGGAAAACCUAUCAGCUGGAACAACAUUCGCAGUCUCCGAGAAUUGUUCCACGGAGAGCGAAGAUCAAGGGUUCCUUCUAUUCACGGGCUCCAGGCUCGUGUUUGUUGCUGACCCGGACUUGCAGCUCGGAUCCACGAACUCUUCUUACGUCCUCAUCGUGGCAGGCAUGUAUCGCCUUUGCUGGUUCAGCGCUGCAUCUGUCAAUUCCAGUGGCUUUCGCAUGGCUGCUGGGUUCCUGGUGGCGCAGGGUCCCUUCCCAGACCAGUCCUUCCAAUGUUAUGUCGGAGCACCGUGCAUCAUUGACGGCUUGCAAGGGGCGAAGCUGACGCAGGACGACAUGUUGCUGCCGCUGCAGUCGUGCGGCACCUCGCUCACGGCUUCUCUUUUCCCAGAUCCCCAUCCCAUCCUUGCUGCCUUCAAAUCCUUCAACGAAUCCAACGAGACCUUUUUUGAUCUGGGCAGCCUCGCAGCGGGUGCAUCCCCGGAGACACUUCAGCUUUGUUGGUGCCCAAGAACAGCCAACUGCAGCACGGUCGAGGACUUCCGUGCUACGGCGAUGCGAUUGGACGUGGUGUGCCCUCCGGGCACCUACGAGCUUGUUGGGAGGACCACGCAGUGCCACGAGUGUCCGCCCGGCUACUUCUGCCCUGGUGGUCAAGCCGCCCAGGCCGCUGAGCUCCGGCAGUGUGCCCAUGGCAGCACCUCCGCUCGCAGAUCCAGUUCUGAGCAGGCCUGCCAGUGCCGCCCAGGCUACUCUUGGGACACCCUGUCGAGUUCAUGCCUGCCAUGUCUCAUUGGCUCCUACAAGAAUUUCAUAGGAAACUUUGCUUGUCAAAGCUGCCCGGUUGGAACGACGACAGCAAGUACUGGUGCAGUUGGAGAUCACGAGUGUUUUUGUGCAAACAGCCGCUUUGGUUUGCAUUCGGCACCUGAUGCAUUCAAUUGCACAGACCAGCAGAGCUUGCCAUUCUUGAGUGCAACUUCUGGCAUUCUGUAUGCACGCACUCAAGUUGACGCGCAUGUGUUCUCGGGCUCGUUUGAGCAAACAGGGGGCACUGCUUCGCUGGAUGCGUUCCGCAAUGCUCUUGCGUCCCACCUUGGGCUAAACGGCCUUCUUCGGGCGUCCCUGACUCUCAGCGUCACCACCAACAGCAGCAACGACGGCCUCGACUACGAAGUCACAACCUCUGAAGCACAGCUCGCAGCCGAAUUGCGUGCGAAGUUUGACCAGGAAGUCUUCUCGGCCUGGGUUUUUACGCAGCAUGGAGACACUGCAUGGGCUUCGGCAGGAGUUGCUCAUCAGGGAGAUGUUCAAGAACAGUUGCUGGUGUGCCCAGAUGGCCUUGCAUUUCCACCCGGUCCUGUUGGAGGCCAAGCAGAUUGCCUGUGUCCACAAGGCAUGGAGGCAGCUGCGGAGGCAGCUGGCUGUCAAGAGUGCCCAUUGGGGCAGUUCAAGGCAGCGGUGGGCAACACCAGUUGCACAAGCUGCAGCUUUGGACUGACCACCCUGCAAGCUGGGGCCGUCUCCUCCACAGCGUGCACCUGCACAGCCGGCUAUGUUAGCACCACGCCAGGGGAUCCUGCAAGUUGCGAAGCCUGUGGGUAUGGCUUCUUCUGCCAUGGCGGAGACCAUCGGGAGGCCUGCCCACCGUCAACAUCCACUUUGGGCCAAGCCGCCGGCAGCAUAGCAGACUGUGUGUGCGCCACUGGGCACUUCGGCAACUUGGGCUCCGUGCUGUGCGAAGAGUGCCCAGCCGGCCGCUUUAAGGAUUCCAUUGGUACAGAUGAGUGCCAGCCGUGCCCAAUAGGGACAUGGAGCAACAUCAGCGGAGCUAACUCAAGCGCGGCCUGCGCUUCAUGCGAAGAUCUGGUUGUUGGGUCGACCACAAAGUCCAACGCAUCCUCGACGGAAGAGCUGUGCAUUCGUCCGCACGACGAGCAGAGCUUCAAUUGCACUUCCGGCGCACUUUGUGAGGUUCAUCUGGAUGGGUUCCAUCUCCAAGACAGGCAUCGCCUCCUCUUGGCCAACGCCGACUGCAAAAGCAACAAGAAGGCAGGAGUUUCUGGCGUGGCCAAUGAAGGUAUUUCCGAAGCUGCAAGCAACAAUGGCAGCCGGUAUACGUGGAACGGGCUCCCAAACAAUUUCGUGCCCGAUGGUGGGGUCUACUACCUAUGCUGGUGCGUCAACAUGAAUGGCUUGGUCUGUGCUGAUGCCGUAGACUUCCAGAUUUCAGCCGGUCAGCUCCAUGUCAUCGGGCCUUUUGGGAAUCAGAAGUUCCGCUGUGUCCGCGGCCAAGACUGCACAAACCUGCAUGUGCAAGGUGUCGGGCUGUCUCAAGGUCACCUCGUGGCUGUACGGAACGGCUGCGGUACAGAACGCACCUUGCAACUCUCGCCUGCCAAUCAGAACGGCUCCGGUAUCUUCUUGGAGGGGAUCUCAGCCCUUGCACUGAGCUUCGGCUCGUCGCAAACAGGCAUCGACCAUGGUGUGUCGCUGGAUGAGAGCAGUGAAGGCUACGACUUGUGUUGGUGCGGAGUAUGGCCUUGUAGCUUUCAGGAUUUUGUGGUUGCCUUUGGCAAGCUGAUCGUGGAAGGCCCCCGUGCGAAUCAACAGGUCAACUGUGCCGCUGGGCAACCAUGUGAACUGAGCGAUAUCCAGGGCCAACUGAGGCCAGGUGACAGCAUCAUGGUUCUGGCUGCCUGUGGCCUUGGCUCUGCUAUCGAAGGCUUCCCAGGCGGAGGAAAGGCGGAGAUCAUCAAGAUGCCAGAAGACGCCACUCUGCUAAGCUAUGCAGAGCACGUCGUCCGCUGGUCGACUUCCACGCUAAAAGAGCUGGAACAGGACCAGGCAGAUUUUCUUUUCGCAGACAAUGAGUCACGACAAGUCAAUGCGCUGCCCGGGAUUUAUGCGAUGUGUUUUUGCAGGCCCGAUGAGCAGCUGUCGUGCCAGAAUGCUUCCAGCUUCAAGGCUAAUGUGGGCACACUCUUUGUCGAUGGACCUUUUGAGCGCAUUGCAAGCUGCAUUGUUGGAGACACUUGCGAAAUUAGCUUUGCCGGCAUGCAUUUGUCAGUGGGUGAUAGCCUUCUAAUUAUUGAUAACGCUGACACCGGCUGUGCAAAUAUCAGCUCAUUCCGGCAAAAUGCUUCACUGGCGCGAGGCACUCAGGGAGGACUGGGCUUCCAUAUUACUCUGGGAACCCUUUGGAACUUUCCUGGGGUGUAUCAAAUCUGCUGGUGCCCGCGCCAGGCAGCAUGUGACUCAGUGCUCUCGUUCCAAGCUCCGGCAGGUAACUUACUAGCAAACUGUCCAGCAGGGCACUUCUUCAGCGCGUCGAGGUGCAGACCUUGUGGGCGAGGCUUUUACUGCCCAGGAGGUGGACCAACAGUGGCCACAAGACUUCCCUGCAAAGAUAGGGAGACGACUGUUAGUCCGACCGCAGCCUCACCUGAGGAAUGUCGGUGUUCCCCGGGGCACGAGGCUGCGGAAGGCACCUGCGAGCCCUGCGCAGCAGGCUUCUACAAGAACGAUGUGAGCACAGACCUAUAUGCGAAGUGCGCGCAAUGUCCGGCGAAUACGACAACGCGCGUCGAAGGCUCUGUAUCUGUUGAUUCUUGUGUUGGCUCGGACAUCCCGGCCGCGAGCAUGGCGACUGUCCCAGCUGUUGCCUUCCGUCUUUCAUUUGUAAGCCCAGAUUCUACAAACCUGACAGACGAAGACUUGAAGAGUCGAAUUCGGGAUGCGGUACGUAAAGGCAUGGGAAGCGCCACUCGAAGCAGUAUCAACGCGAUCGAAGUCGAGUUUCCAGAAAGUUCUUCUGGUACACGCCGUUUGCUACAGCAACUGGCGGCGAUCAUCCGACUUAGGUUGAAAUCGGAGGAGGAGGCAGGCAUCGCCGCACAAGAGAUAGAUGUGGAUGUGGCUUGUGAGGACAUCCGUGCGGCUCUUCGACAAGUUCCACAGCUAAGCAAUCUGAAGGCAGAGAGGCUUUCAGACCUUGCUGUGGUAUACGUGAACCUGACAUGUCCUCCAAAUUCAAGGGUACCGGCUGGAGUUGCUUUGACACAUGCCGGUGACUGCCAGUGUAUUCCAGGCUAUGGCUUUGACGGCUCGACCUGUACCCCUUGCGCUCAGGGACGAUACAAGUCGACAUUAGGAAACAUCCUUUGUGAGCUGUGUAAGGAAGACAACAGACUAUAUACUUUGCAAGACGCGUCUGUGUCUCCGGAGGAUUGCAAGUGCCCCCGCGGCGAGCACUGGAAGAACGAGAUAUUAAUAUGUGUUGCAUGCAGCAAGGGGUUUUACUGUCCGGGCACAAACGAGGACAUAAAAUGCCCACCACAUUCCACCACAACGUCGGAAGCAUCACAAAACAGUACCGACUGUGAAUGUGAGGAGGGUUAUCAAGGUGCCAACAGCACUGCAGAUUGUGUGCCUUGUGCGGAAGGGUACUUCAAGGACCUCAUUGGAAAUGGCCCCUGCACCCAAGUCUGCCCCACGGAUGCCACUAGCAAGGAAGGUGCCCGGAGCAAAGACGACUGCUUCUGCAAGAAGGACUACCGUGCACAGAUCGACAACGGCCACUUGACACGCUGCGUUCCAUGUUCAUUGUAUCCUGGUUUGGCGUGCGACGGAGGACUGGAUGAUCAAGGCAAUCACAUGCAGCCAAGAGCUCGUUCUGGAUGGUUCCAGACUGCCCAGACCUUGGCUCUGCAGUGCCGUGUCCAGUUGCUGGACGGCUCGAGCGUUUGUCGUGGUAAUGCCACUGACGGCCACACUGAAACCUUUGAAGGGAAUGAGGGGCUUCAGAACAUUUGCGCCGAUGGGGCAACUGGAAUGCUGUGUGGUGAGUGCCCAGCAGGAUGGGCCAGAGGCACGUAUCUGGAGCCCUGCGAGAAUUGCGGCAGACGCUCACUCCCACUCUUCUUGACAGUGGCGGUAGACAUUGGAUGGAUCUCAUUCCUGAACUUCAUUAAAGCGGCCAUGGCCGCUGGCGGGGCAGGGGCACUGAAGCCAGUGUAUACGGUUACCCUCCGCAGUUUUACUCAUUGGCAUCAAGCGUGCUCAAUCCUUCUGGCGUUCGAUUUGUCAGGCCUGGUGCCCCCUUUCUCUCCAUCCUCCUCACAAUCCUCGCAGGAUGCAAACGUUUCUCCAGCUGAGCAGUGCGGAGGCAGUGGGGACGGAGACAGAGAUUGCUCGGACAACUUUUGGCCGCCUGCCGUCACCGAGGCCAUGACCCAGCUGAUGGAGCUGGUGUCCUUGAUGCCCAAAGUCAAUGUGGACUUUGCAGCAGAUUGCUUCGCCGAUGCCCACUUCGCGAGCAGCCCGACAGCCAAGAGAGUCUUUCCAGCCUUGUACUAUCUUGCACGCCCACUGCUGACCUUUCUUGGCAGCAUUGUUGUGUGCAUGUUGAUGGUCUACUUCGUGCUCCCUGUUGCCAACCUGGCCGGGCUCCUCCUUCCCUCCAGUGAACGGAAGGCUCUUGUGAACAGUGUUGCCACGCUGCUGAAGAAAGCUGCAGAGCAGGCUGCCGACAUUGAAAAGCAACGGGGAAAGGACACAAAGGAUACUGCCGCCAAGCUGCAAGUCAGCGAGGACCCGACUGAAGAGGACCUCGUACGUCAUCUUUGGCGCAAGAAGUAUUAUGCUGGUUACGCCAUGCAGGUGGGCGAUUGGGGCGUGGACUACAAACUCCUGGAUGCCAUUCCAACUCCAGCACUGCGGGCGGCAGCCAACAAUCGCGAAAUCCCUCAAGCACUUGUGGACUUCUGGGUCUUCCGCGCCCUGGAGAAGAAGCUUUCAGGACCGCAAAAGAAGACGAGAUGGCACAAGACUUUGUCAUCCACUUUCUGCGUCUGUCGCAAGCAAGUUCGAACUGCUCGCCCCGGAGAUGACGAUUCUCCGCACAAAACGGCGGAUUCGCCGAGGCUGACAGCGUGUCCAGAGUGUGGGCUUGCACACGAAUCGUGCCCUCCCAGUGAGAUGGCCACCAUGAUCUGUCAUCCCGGAUCCGAACGCUCCGAAGCACUGAGUUUCAACCUCUUCAGUCCAUCUCCAGGUAUGAGAGACUUCCUGAAGGGAGCUGCACCAGUGCUGUGGCUUACACAGCUUGCAAUUUGGCCUGACAUGCUUUCGCAAUUUUUGCAGAUGAUCCGCUGUUCACCCAUGCAAGUUCAAGUAGUCAGCAAUGAUGGCAAUGAUUCAACAAAAAUUCAACAACGCUUGCUUCCGCACCCUAAUGUGAUUUGCUGGGAAAAAGAUCAUGGGCCAUUAAUGUGGGUCGCGAUCUGGGGUCUUGGUCUCUGGAGUGCUGGCAUUCCACUGGCCUUGCUUUGCAGAAUCAGCCAGAAGAUUCAGCGCAUGCACAGCGUGGCUGAAAACUACCGUACCUUCGGCUACUUCAUCAAUGGGUUUGAGCGCGAGUACUGGUGGUGGGAAUUGUGUGUCAAGAGGCUGGACAUUGUCAUCAUGCAAUUCGUGGCUUACACCUCCUUGGCUGACGACGACAAUGCAAAACUGUUGCUUUUCCCAAUCAUCUCGGGUAUACAGCUAGGCAUGACUGCUUGGCUUAAACCAUAUGAGAAUGACCGUGGCGAGAUCUUGGAUCAGAUGGAUGUCCUACUGCUGGCAACCCGCUUUAUUCUCUUCAGCACAGUGGCCGUCUUGUUAAUCUUCUUUCCUGAAGGAAGAUUUGUGUGGGUCUGUGCCACACUCCUGCUCGUGAUGACUAUUCUAGUUGUCGUUUACGUCGUCAUUCACUUGAUGGCUCAAUACCUGCGACACGCUCAGCAGUGCAACAGCCAGCAGGAGAUUAACGUGAAGGGGAAGAGAGUCCGACUUUGCCCUGAGGCGCUGAAGGUGCAGACUUGUCAGUGGCGGAGAGAUCUGAAGAGCCACCUCGAGGACCUGGACAAAAAGGAGACGUCAUCAUUCUGGAACUGUAUCCCAAAGUUCAAGGAAAGGAUGAUGGGCCUCAUCGAGUGUGGCAAACAAUGUGCCAGGUGGGCUGUGAAGAACUUAUCAGCAAAGUUCGAGUCGGAGAGGGUCGAGUGGGUGUUAGAUGUUGACAAGCGGGCAAAGCUGCGACGCCAUCAGAGCAAAGAUCAGCAGCCACAGCAGAAAGAGGACUAUCUAUUGCGCGGCAACUUUUGGCGGCAAACGAUCAUCAAUGCCAUGAAAAACUUGUGGCAGAAGACCCUGGCGGUUGACGAAAGCUGCCAGCAGUCCACAGUGAUGACAGCUAUUGCAGAUUUCAACAAACUCUGCCUAGUCCAGACACAUUUCUUCCCGAGCACUCAGAUGCUGUAUUUGCUGGCUGCAUCCACCCGAGAACUGCCGCCCGAAGUGAAGACAGACAAGCUGAAGGAGGAAUGGGCCCAAAGCCUUGGCCCAUGCGCCCAAAGCCUUCAAAGCCUUGGGCCAAAGAAGAUUACGCUGCAUGCUGAUGAGUUCAGCUUGGCAGUACGAUACUUGCAAAUGUUGGAGAAGGAAGAAGUGCAGGAGCUGCUGGAGGAAGUGGAGUCCAAGCUGGAUCAAGCGGUGCACAAUUACCGACAGCCUCUUCAAUGCCCGUACCGAGAGCUGGCAAAAAUCCAAUCUUGUCAGGAAGGCGGAGCGCUGGAGGAGGGCGAGGUGGUGCAGGCAGAUGCACCCAUCCCAGAGGAGUACCACGAGGAACUGGCCAUGGGCGAGGACACCGCAGAAGACCAAGCCUGCAAACAGGUGCGUUCCAUCUAA